AUGGUGGAUUUACGCGCGUACCGCGUGCACAUCAUCGUGGGCUGCCAGAGCAGUCCGCCCUCGGUGGCGCUCCCGGAAUGCACGCGCCUCGUGCACGAACUAAGCAAGGAGACGCGGAUCGAGCUGCUCAAGGGCGUUUUACAACGGGCGUCGGGACGCCCGCCGGAAGUUCCCGGCGACGUGGAGCCGUUGAUUGUGUGCAAUUUUGUCGAUGGGACGGAAGCCGACGGGUACCCCGGCAUCAGCGUGACGCGGGAGCUGGAGCGCCGGCGUCUGCCGUUCACCGGCGGGGAUUCGCGGUUCUGCCGGGUGGCCAGCAGUAAGACGGCGCAGAAGGCCGUCUUCCGGAAGAACGGCGUGGCGACCUCCGAGUACCAGGAGAUCGAGCCGCUGCAGUUGUCCACGGACAUGGACACGGCCAUAACCUCGGUGGGCUUCCCCAUGAUCGUCAAGCCCAUCGUCUCCUACGGCAGCCUGGGCAUCUCCAAGGCCUCCGUCGUCCACGACAAGCAGGAGGCCUGCUCGCAGGUCCGCGCCCUCUUCCACUCCUCCCACGUCAACCGCGUCAACCAGGACGGCGGCGUCUACGUCGAGCGCUUCCUCAACGGCCCCGAGUACGUCGCCUUCCUCACCGGCGACGCGACGGUGGGGCUCAAGUGCUACCCGGUGGUGCAGCGCCUCUUCCACGGGGCGGCGUCCCGCGAGGAGCAGCUCCUGGCCUUCGACGCCUACUGGGAGGACCUCCGCCACGGCGAGGACCACCGCGACGACGCCGGCAAGGAGAUCUUCAUCAGUUACGCGCUGGUGGAGGACGCGGCGCUGCAGGGCCGCCUGCAGGAGCUGGCCAAGAAGGCCUACGCGGUGCUGGGCGGCAACGGGUACGCCAAGAUCGACAUCCGCGCCGACGACGACCAGAACAGCAACCUCUACGUCCUGGAGGUCAACGUCAACGCCAUCCUGUCGCUGGAGUCGCGGAUGGCCGUCGGCCAGAUUCUGGAGGUGGCCGCCAUCGAUCCCCGCGUCCUGGUGGAGGACAUCAUUUCCUACGCAGUGCAGCGGCAGUACAAUCUCGACCACCCCGCCGACGAGGCGGACGAUGACCCCGGAAGUCCCGGAUCGCCGGUCACCGUCCAGGCGGGAGAGUGACCUUUUCUCCAUGCUAAAUAAAUCCAUUUAUUACUUUUUGAUAUUUUUUGCGCGCUGUGUCUUUCUGCUCAAUACUCUUUUUUAUUACCGGCAUCACUGAACAUAAGAGCAAAAGUCGAAUUUUAAAUAAAUUUUGCAGCCGCUAUUUUAACCAGGGUCUCGCGUGCGCCGCAUUUACCGGUUGUAGCGGGAAACUGCCAUCGUGUGGCGCGGAAUACAUUAAUAUUUAAGCGCAGUACAAUUACAGCUGUGGGAUCGUAGCGGCUGCUGUUGGGGAAGACCGCAGCGGAAGCGGCUUAUUGAUUGAUUUGAGGCCUGCGCCGGGCGUCUAAGGCGGUUGAACUAACUUUUUCUUAAUAAAGAACAAAAUUACUGUCAGUAAACCGCUGUUGAUGUGAGUACAAGUGCUUACUUUAUGCG